UUUUUGGGAACAAAUCUAAAGUCCAUGCUGAGCACAGGAACAGUGUUUUUGUGCAGAAUUCAGUAGACAACAUUAUGAGCCUCAUUAAUGAAACACAAGGGGAAUACAUUUAAAAGGAGUAGAAAAAGAGAUACUAAAAAUAAAAGGGCAGUAAUUAAACAGUACAGUUUUGUUUUGGCUAGGCACAUUGACUGCUUCUGCUGGGGUUUUGUGGCACAGUUACACCACUACAAGGACACUGCACAAGGUUCUGCCUCCGCCAUCCUGCCUUCUUCCAAUAGUGCAUCAUGCUGCCAUCUCUUCCCCAGGUUUUCAUGUUGGGAGGGAUUCAUCCACCUCGGCCCUGGCAGGACUAAACCUUCCCUCGUUUUUCUGCCUCUGCUGCUCCACACCACUCUGGAACGACUCUGAUAUCACAAAGGACAAGAUAUCAGCGAGUCCGUGGAGGAUAACAGCAUGAUGUUGAAGGCCUAAUAUACAACAGUAUGUCAGAGCAAGGAGACAAAUGCACCUCCCGCUGGAAAGAUGAUCCCAUGCAGAAUGGGUACGUACCAAGUUAUCUGGACAAGGAUGAGCUGUGUGUUGUGUGUGGGGACAAAGCGACUGGAUAUCAUUACCGCUGCAUUACCUGUGAGGGCUGCAAAGGUUUUUUUCGCCGCACAAUUCAGAAGAACUUGAACCCCACAUAUGCGUGCAAGUACGAGGGCAAGUGCGUCAUUGACAAAGUCACCCGCAACCAGUGCCAAGAGUGUCGCUUCAAGAAAUGCAUCGCUGUUGGCAUGGCAACAGACUUGGUGUUGGAUGACAGUAAGCGUCUGGCCAAGCGGAAGCUGAUCGAGGAGAACCGUGAGCGGCGGCGGCGCGAGGAGCAGCAGAAGACGGUUUGGGAGCGACCCGAGCCCACGCAGGAGGAGUGGGAGCUGAUCCGGGGCGUCACCGAGGCCCAUAUGGCCACAAACGCCCAAGGCAACCACUGGAAACAGAAGCGCAAAUUCCUGGUCGAGGAAGCAAUGCUACUUAAUGAAAUAACAUGUAAUUUAUUCUGUACUUCUGACCAGAGUGCAGUGGGGGUGAAGGAAGCCAAGCCCGAGGACAUUGGUUCUGCACCCAUCAUCAACGCACCAGAGGGGAGCAAAGUGGACAUCGAAGCCUUCAGUCAGUUUACAAAAAUUAUCACCCCCGCCAUCACUCGUGUUGUGGAUUUUGCCAAAAAGCUGCCCAUGUUCUGUGAGCUGCCUUGUGAGGACCAGAUCAUUUUGCUGAAGGGCUGCUGUAUGGAGAUCAUGUCCCUGCGAGCGGCGGUGCGUUACGAUCCAGAGAGUGAAACCCUGACGCUGAACGGGGAGAUGGCAGUCACACGGGGCCAGCUCAAGAACGGGGGUCUGGGCGUGGUCUCCGAUGCCAUCUUUGAUCUGGGCGUCUCGCUGUCAUCCUUCAACUUGGAUGAUUCGGAGGUGGCAUUGCUACAAGCCGUGAUUCUGCUUUCCUCCGAUCGUCCAGGUUUAACGAGCGUUGAACGGAUAGAGCGCUGUCAGGAGGAGUUCCUUUUGGCCUUCGAACAUUAUAUCAACUACCGCAAGCACAAGGUGGCUCACUUCUGGCCUAAGCUGCUGAUGAAGGUGACAGAUCUGCGCAUGAUCGGUGCCUGCCAUGCCAGCCGCUUCCUGCACAUGAAGGUGGAGUGUCCCACGGAGCUCUUUCCGCCCCUCUUCCUGGAAGUGUUCGAAGACUGACAGCCAACCGAUCAGGCCAAGCUGCUCCCACCAACACCAACCUCCACAAAUCAGACUCUGUCUCCCAGUUCCCGGUCACAUGACUCUGUUCUAGCACUACUGAGCAUCUUUCAUUCCAUAGUUCUAGGAGUAGCUCUCUGGCCUAUUUUGAAUGGAACCAUUCCUUUUAUAAAGCGGGUACAUGUACAUGAAAAGCGCUACAAAUGUUUUCUUUCUCUUUUUGUAAAAAGAAAAAUCACCUUUCUGUUACCAUUAUUUUUUUUCCCUCAAACGUUAAAUUGUUUUAUUUCUGAUCAUAGUCUUUGAUGCCGCUUAACAGAGAUGUACAGUAUGAACUAUGCAUUCGGGUUUCAUGUCAAAUGUCAGGCCUCAGAAAAGAGACCACACUGCAAAGAAGGAUAGCAAUAUUUGGUUUCCUUUCACAUCUCUUAUCUGUUAGUCUAAUGGUAUUUUAUGCUUACAAGCCAUAGAUUGUGUAUAGUUCUGUUCCAAACUCCACUGAGCUGACUACCUAGACAACAUUUCAAGACAUCAUAGAUGCUUCCUUAUAUGUGACCCUGGACCACAAAACCAGUCUUAAUUCGCUGGGGUACUGUAUAUUUGUAGCAAUAGCCAAAAAUACAUUGUAUGGAUCAAAAUUAUAGAUGUUUCUUUUAUGCCAAAAAUCAUUAGGAUAUUAAGUAAAGAUCAUGAAGAUAUUUUGUAAAUAUCCUACUUUAAAAUUGAUUUUCUCAGUAUUUAUUUUUUUUUGCACCCUCAGAUUCCAGAUUUUCAUAUAGUCAGUUACAUCUUUACCAACUAUUGCCAUAUCCUAACAAACCAUACAUCAAUGGAAAACUUAUUUAUUCAACUUUCAGAUAUUGUAUAAUAAUCUCAAUUUAAAAAAAAUCGACCCCAUGACCGGUUUUGUUCUCCAGUGUCACAUAUCGAGACAAAAAAAUGCUAAAUCACAAAUAGCUCAAUUGUUCACUUAAUGGAAAGCCAAUACUGACAUUUUUUUACUUAAAAUUUCCUUCUGCUCUUGAAAGUGAGAUUACAUUUCAUCUGCCUCACGGUUUGCUGAAAUUGGUGAAAAAUACAAAAUUCAGUAAGAACACAUCAAAUUCUGCCCAUACCAAAUGAUCUGAGCUGCUAUCCAAAUUAAUUGAAUUGCUCUGUAAUCUUGUUCAUCUCAUGUUUUCUCUAACAUUUUAGGAGAAAAUUUUUUUUUAGAAACCACUGCAAAUUCCAAAAUGCAACUUUGGAGCAAUAAAAUGGUCUUGUGGAAAGUAAAGUAGGCAUAAAAUAACACUGCUUUCUAAUGUCAGGUAUACACUAUAUGCAUUUCAAAGUUAUCGGAUCGCUGUUCCUUUCACAUUACAUGGCUUUUUUUAAAUUGCUGCGGUCACACACUACAAAAUAUUUCAAAAACCAAGAUAAGUGAUGGGGGGAAUGACGUAAGACUCACAACUCCUGCCCUUGUGAUUUCCCAGUCCCGGAAUCUGGCUCUUUCAUUGGCUGUAGGUCGUCACUAAUGCAAUUUCCAGACAAAACACAUUUUCACGCUGCAAGACUCUUAGUCACAGACAGGUCCAGAUGUUUGACCUGCUACACUCUUAAAAAUAAAGCUGCUUCCAAGGGUUUCUUCAAGCGAUGCCAUAGAAGAACCAUUUUUGGUUCCACAAAGAACCAUUUGUUCAUAGGUUCUUUAAAGAACCCUCUCUUUCUUACCUUUUUGUAAUCUGAAGAACCUUCUUUCGCCACAAAGAAGCUUUUGUGAAACAGAAAGGUUCUUCCGAUGUUAAAGGUUCUUUAUGGAACCAUUUAGACAUAAAUGUUCUUCUAUGGCAACAUGAAGCACUUUUAUUUUUAAGUGUAAAUCGGUCCUUCUCUCAGAUCACACAUUUUAGGCUUUUGUCGUUGAGUGAAAAUCAUGUAGCAUCUACCUGGCAUAAAUUAAAAUUUUUGGCCAUUCUUAGGCAGCAUUGCGUGUGAGACGCAUGCUUUAUUGUCUAUUGCCUACAUUUGCUAUUUUCAAAGCAGCUCAGGGUUUUGAAAUCUUUUCUAAAACAAAAAACAGCCUACUUUCUAAAUGGCAUGGUGGCAUGCCAGUUUUGAUGGUGGUUGUGCCCUCGAGUUAAAUCCUGUUUCUUUGUUAGUGGACAGGCAGACCUUCAUGAUCCUAAAGUUAAAGUGCACAUAAAGAGGAAAUUCCAAGUUAUACAUAACAAGUUUUCCCGGUGAUCUCAAAUCUCCCUAAACUUGAGCCCUUUUAGCCAACAGCCACUAACAUUAGCCCAUUAUGCCUCUAUAAAGGUGCCAAAAAAACUCCCUAAAAAACUGUACUCUGUUUGGACUUGUGUUGGACUGCUCAUAGGAACUUGAAGUCAUGAUUUAAUAGCCAGCCAUCACUAGAUCCAUUGACCCGCAGGGAUGGGACUCUGUUCAGCUGAACUCUUCUUCUCCUCUUUAGCUGUCACACGAUAGACCAAGGCAAUGCUUCUGCUUGAACUUGUUGGUGCUACGAGUUUGCCGUUAUACCUCCGGGAGUGCUGUCUGGGUGAUUGACACAUGCAAAUACAUAAAACUCUGUGGUCAGUGGUCAACCCUGCUACAUACAUGUGUUAAUGAUUGUUGUUUCAGAUGUUCUCGUUUCUGUCCUGGUUUUCUUCUUUUACUGUAGUGUUUUUAAUCUUUCUUGUGCUGCAAAAGAGUUUGACUCUCACAUACCUCUACAGAUUAUCAGGAACCAGUUGUCCAUCUGUUUUGUUAUCUUCUGUUGUUGUUGAAAGAUGGACAUGAAUUCAGAUUCACACCUCAAAACGCAGAGCAUGUUCAAUCAGUGUUUUGUUAUAGUGAUGCCUUUUGUAAGCAACAGAAUUGCUCCAGUGGUUUUACAUGUUUUGGAUUACACAUACAAAUGUACACGCCAAUGUAGAUGUUCAACAGACUCAAAGUCAUUGCACAGACAAUCAAUGUGUUCCCAGAGAGUGUUAUAAAAAAAUGUGGAGGGAAAAAAGGGCCACAGCCAGGGUCCAAAAUUAAUAUUUUGCCACAACUGUCAGUUUUCUCUUCGCUAAGCACCAUGAUACCUUAGUUAUGGUCGCAUGCAAAACAUCCCAUAUUAACGUGAAAUACAGUUUUUCAUAAUUGUGCAAAAUGUAUUUUUCAGCUUUUCCCAAAAUUAUUUUAAUAAUACAAAAUUUUAAAAAACGAAAAAAUACAAAACAAUCUGUGACAGAUUAUUAUUUUGUAGAUAUUAGUAAUUUAUAUGCAUUUCAUUUUAACCCUUUGAGCGGUACUUUUUAUUUCCAUGUUUCUGGGAGUACAGUCCCACAUAUGGAAUUUAGAACAUUCGGUGACGUUCCAUAACUGCCAAAUUCAAACUGCAUAACCGCGCAGUGGCUAGCACUUAGCCAGGGACAGACGUGCACUGCCCUUGUCAUGUUAUUAACUAUGCAGUGUUCUUAACCACAUAAUGCAUACUUUAGGUUUCAGACAUUUAAAUACACAUGAGUACUAGUAAAACAAUACAUUUAGAGUUUGAAAAAUACACACAUACGUCUAUGGAAGCAACAAUAACAAUCCUUUCAAAUUUACUUUGCAGAUCUGUUUUAUUCAUGUCAGAGUAACUAUAAAACUCACUCUCUUCUUCACCCAGUUCACCGGCCACUUGUUACUUGUAUUUCAGGAGAGACUGAUGAAUUCACGUGCUGUGAGUCAACUGAAAAUCAAGAUAAUUUGUGAAUCGGAGUGCCAGAUUGUUCAUGAUAUGCUAGUUUGUGAAUAUUUUUAAUAAAAACAAAAUAAAAGAGAUCCAUCUGUCAUACAGUGUUUUCCGCAGCCACAGUUCAUGGAAACAGUAAGUUCUAAAAACUCACUCUGGGGGGACCGCUAGAAUAUUUUAAACUCACCCCUGAAAAGGUUAAAUUCUCACACACAAGUAAGAUUCAGGAUAUUGUUUUUACAAUUUGAUUUAUGUCAUGCAUUAUGUUGCUGUCUUAUGUAUUUGAUUUCAUUUUUUUGGCCAAAAGAUAAUUCUGGACCCUGGCCACAGAUCAACACCUGCAUACACAGACACGCUGGGUGGGAGUAAAUACUAAUUCCUCUGAGCGCACAGGUAAAAAAAAAAAUUAAAACAAAAAUUAAAUAAAGAUAUUUAUGGUGUAAAGGAAAGAGGCUGUAUUUUUUCUCAGACUGCAGAUAUUUUUUUACUUGUUAUAUGCACAAUAUGAACACUUUUAUGACAAGGAAACUAAAGACUCUUCUUUAGUCCUGUUUUUUUAACAAACUAUCUUUAAUGAUCUCUCCUUAAUGUGUUUCAUCAUUCCAAAUUCAUUGUUUAACUAUGUUAAUUACAACUUAUAUAUACGAUCUAUUAAUAAUUACAAUUUAAAAAAAAUAAAAUCCUGCACAACCAAUCACAAAAAGGGAAGCUCACUGGAUGGCAGAAUCAAACCUAAAGCCCAUAUUCAGAAAAACAGAGCAGAUCUCACCAGGCUGAACAUUAAGAAACGACUACAGCACAUCUACUUCUGUUUCUAUGUGACUUUAUUAAUAUUUACCUGAUCACACCCACUUUGAAUGUGAAUCAGUUAUCCAACAUUACAAUAAAAUGUAUUUUACUUUCUUUUCUUCUUUUCUUUACAAAAUUGAACGUAUUGUACAAGCCUGCUGUGUGACAGUGGAGCCUUGAAUUUGAGUUUGGAUCAUGAUGUGAUUUGGAUAUCCUGGAAGAGACAUUGCAAUAGACAAUGAUCCUGGAUUUGGCAGAUGAUGAUGAUGAUGGUGAUGACAUUUGCACCUAAGGUGAAUAGGAGAAUAAAGAUGGUUUUGAGAAACCCC